UCACGUGAAUUCCAAAAAUCAUUUUCCCUAAAAUCUCAUUCCCAAACAUUUUUCCCACACAAAAUUGAAUUUGUAAAAUCCCUGACGCUCCAACACUCACUGCCGAAACCACCACCGGCCGAAACCACCACUGGCCAAAACCAUCACCACCCCCAUUCUCCAGCUGUAGCCGCCGACAGAAACCACCAUCACCCAGCGGCCGAAACCACCGCCACCACCAAAGUGUCGAGAAGUAAAACCAACGAAUUGGUUGUAAUUUGCUCACCUGCUAGAAUUGUUAUUCGGCAAGGAUCUGGAAAAGUUGGGAGGUGGAAAAUCAAUUUUAUGUCCACUCAAAAGUUGGAAAAUCCAUUGAUGGGUUGGACAUCCACAAGAGACCCAUAUGCCAAUGUAGGUGAUGCUGGAUUUAGUUUUGAUAGUGAAGAAGCUGCAAAGGCAUUUGCUGAGAGACACAGUUGGGAGUAUGUGGUCAGGAAGCGCCAUACACCAUUGCUGAAGUUUUGAUACUCUUAACUAACCAUUUUUAUGGGCAUUUUAGCUAUUUGCUUCUCCAUAUUAUUGUCGGGUGCAUAAUCUGUGUUCCAUUCUGACAUUUUUUUAAACUAGGAAGAAGAAUAACUUGACUAAAACAUUUGACUGCAAUUGAUUAGAGUUGUAGCUACUGAAUUGAAGUAAUUAUAUUUUUCCAAUAUCAGUUACAAUUAUGCAUCAGCAUAUUAAAUGAGAAAUUAUAUAGUUGGUAUUCCAAUUGGUCAUAUGAUGAUAGAGGUAGUAUAUUUACGAGGUUAACUUAUAAAGCAUGGAACAAAUGUAAAUCAAAUUUAUUUCAGCUAGUCAGUUUUAAAGAUGACAGACGUUGCUGCACUUUCAACAUUGGGUGUACUGAUUAAACACUGAAAAAGCAGUGACAUAAGAACUCUCUAUGCCAUUGUGUAGGACAUAUCAUAUUUCCCAGCCCAGUUGUGGGGUGGGUAUUAGAUUGCAAACUUGGUUCUGCCGUAUGUAAUUGCCAUCAUUGGAUCAAACAGAUGAAAUGCCUUCUAAUUGAGAGCAAAUAAGUGAAUAACAACAACUAAUAACCAAAUUUGGUUUGCAUGAGUCCGAGUUUUUCCAAGUCUUACAUUGUGAAGCUUAUUUUGUGUUCUGUUUUUCAGGUGAAGUCAUAUGCAGACAACUUCUAGUGGAAGGGUCUUCCAAAAUCCGAUGAAAACUGAUGGUAAUGUCUCACAUUUCUUGCAUCAUAAAAGAAGUCAUGCGAUGGCAGAUUGUGGUUUUCUUUUAUUGCACAUUUUCUGUAAAUGGCAAUAAUGUAGCAUUUCGAGUCAUAGCCCUAACGGAUUCUUUGAUUAUAAUAAAAUGAGACUGAUGGGUUGUACUAUUUUGUUCUUUUAUCCCUUCAUGAAAUGAUAUAGCAUAUUUAUUCUUU